AUGGAAAGAGAACGUGAGGAGAACAAGGAAAAGGAGGACAAAUGGAGGAGAAUAACAAAGGGAGGAGGAAAAGAAGGACGAAGUGCGGGGAGGGCUGGUGGACGAGGUAUUCUUGAACGACAAGCACCGGGUGACCUGCGCUACUUAUGGAUGCCUAUUCGGUCAUUCAGAUUACCAGCACAGAGGUCACGCCAAGUCCGAGCAAGAGAGCGAGGGCGGAGAGGAGGAACGGGAAAGGGAUACGACUGCGGCGGUACGGUGUGA